GCGGGCGGGCGGCGGCUCCUCCUCACGCGCCCGCGGCGCUGGGGUUUUUCCACUCCCGCGGCGGGGGGCUCGCGCACCUGCCCCGGGCGCUGUGCUCCAGCCCGUGGUGCUGGGCGGGGAUGCGGUGACCUAAGAGCGGGAGCCGGCACUUUGGUAUUGCCGAAGCUCAAGUUUCUAUGCGCGUAUGCACGUGCUUUGAGGAGAGCCGAACGAGCGGCGGUGGCACGGGGCGGCUCCCCGCCUCUCAUCGAGGGAUCGCUCCGCUCCGUCGCCUCGCACGGCGCCAGCUCCUGCCCCGCGCCCACCUCCUCGGCCGUCACUUUUAGCACCUGCUCUCCUUGUAACAACGCGCAGGCCCCGUCUCUAAUGUUAGCGUCCCAUUUUCAGCCUACGCAGGCUUUUUUUCCCACCGGUUCUGCCCUCACCCCUUCGGCCCCCAUUUUCGCCGCUCCUUUGUUUACAAGGCACCCACGCAGGGACUCUGCAGCCGCCACGAAGGCAGGCAGUUGCACACGGAAAGUUGGUACCGGAGGGGGACAAGCGGGGGGAAAACGCCUGCCCCGCUCCGUCACGGUGAGAGCCACACAGGAGAACAACGCAACCGGAGCCCUUAAAGCCAGUCGGCAGACAGGCUCCCGCAGCUCCGCGCACGCGCCGCCCGCCUCUUCCCCUCUUUUUCCUUCCCGGCGGAAGCGGGGCGCUGUGCGGAUGGAGGAUCGGCGCUAUCGCUCGGCGUCGGGGGCGCCGCUGGCGCUGCGGUGCCGCCAGCAUAGCGCUUCCUGCCGGGAGCUGGCCGUGCGCUGCCCCCGCCUGCAGCUCCGCUCGCUCAGCGCCGUCACCUCCGCCGUCUGGCUGGGGGCCUACGGGCUCUUCGUGCUCUGCCAGAAUAGUAUGGUGCUUUCUGCCGCUAUAUUCCUCACGCUGAUCGGCCUCAUCAUCUACCUGCACUUUGUGAAAAUUGACCAGGAAUCCCUACUGGUCAUCGGCUCACUUGGCAUUCAGGUGACUUCUUCUUACGCUUCAGGAAAGGAGAGCACAACCUUCAUUGAGAUGAGCCAAGUGAAGGAUGUGGUUAUCAAUGAAGCCAUCCAUAUGCAAAAAGUUAUCUAUUACCUGUGCAUCCUCCUGUGCGACCCUCAGGAUCCUCAGGGAGUGUCUGAGGUUGUGCCACUCUUUCAGAGUUCCAAACCACGUCUGGACUGCUUGAUAGAAGUGUACAAAAGUUGUCAUGAAAUCCUGAAUCAGAGAAAAACAGCUUCACAACCAGAUGGAGUAAAAUAAUAAAUACUCAAGAUGGAUAACUUGCAGCAGGACUUGGAGAGACGUAUGGAAAAGCAAGCAAAUCUGACCUAUGGCUCUUUAAAAUUAAAUGUUUAGAAUGUGAUGCAGUGGUAAGAAUGACAUUAUAGAUAACAGCCCCUACAGACUCACAGAGCUGUUAUAGAAGAUGUCAGCUGAAGUGCACAAGUGAACCUAGAAAUUGACUGUUAUGAAAAGCAGGUGAGCAACACUUAUAAAAGAGUCAAACAGAAGAGGUUUUUCCAUGCAUCUAUGGAAGAAGGUAUUGGAAGGGGAGACAAAAAUAUGCAGCAGAUGUUUAUUCUUUCAUGGAUCCGAGAUUUCUGACAAAAACAAAUUGUAACCUUGGGAAGACAGAAAAAAAAACCCUUUUUUUACUCUUCUUUUUUUUUUUUUUUUUUUUUUUUAAGUUUCUUUGUAAUCUUUUCUUGGAAGGAGUAUCAAAACAAAGGUGGGCUGGCUCAGUAAGUUUUCCUGAUCCAAUGGGGAAUUUCAGAUAGAGAAUGACAGAAAAUGAGAAUAUACUGUUGCUUUGAUUUAUAUUUAUGGAAUUAAGCAUAGCAGAGGAUACUUUAGUUUCUUCAGCAAUCUGCUUGAAAAAAAGUCCCAUGGUAUGGGACCCUAGGGAGAAGAAGAGUCCAAGAUUGACACUCAGGAAUCAUUUCCUCCAAGCACGUGAGUAGUCCAUCCCAACAAGUAAAAUGUCGAGCUAAAAUGGCAGGAGGCCUGCAUGAAUGGGCAAUUUAUUCCUGGCAAAAUUAAAAUACCGAAAGGUAAAAGUGAGGACAGGUAGCCUGGGAUCGAUAUAGAGACUGUCUCACCAUGUGAGGUAUGUGGUUGGGAAAGCCAAAGCCUAUCUGCAAUUGAAUUUUUCUAGAAAUGCUAAGGGCGACAGAAGGGCCUUCUGUGAGUACCUGAGUAACAAAAAGGCAAGGAAAAUGUGAGGCCACCUCUGAAUGGUGUAGAGGUGUGGUAACACCAAGACCUGAAAAAGAAUGGGGUACUGAAUGCCUUCAUCGUUUCAGUCUUUACUAGAAAGACUAGACUUCAGGAAUUCCAGGCUGCACAUAGCAAGGGAAAGUUCUGGAGCAAGGAAGACCCUUGAUGGAAGGUGAUCAGGCUAGAAAAUACUUAAGCAAACUGCAUGUUUGUAAGUCCAUGGAACCUGGUGGGAUGCACCUACAAGUGCUGAUGAAUUUUGCUAAUGACGCAAUCUCAGAGGAAUGGCUGAUAUGUCAGAGAUGUGUGCUGCCAGCCAAAGGGACCCAGACAGGCUGGAGAGAUGGGCAUGCAGGAACCUCUUGUAGCUCAACAAAUGGUCCUGGAGAGGAAUUACUCCGUGCUGUUCCUUCCAGUACAUGCUGGUUCUUUUUCAGAAAAGGACGUGGAGGUCACAGUGGACACCAAGUUGUAAAGGUGCCAGCUGUGUGUCCUUAGUACAAAAAGGCUAAGAGUGUCCUUGAUUGCGUGGGAGAUGCAUUGCUAGCAGUUCAAGGGAUGGGAUCCCUCCCCCUUCCUCAGCACUGGUAGGACCACAGCUGAAGUGCUGCAUCCAUUUCUGGGCUCUCCAGUAUGUGGGCAUGUCAGGUGCUAGAAUGGGCUGCCCAGGUAGGUGGUAGAAUCACCGACUCUGGAGGUGCUCAAGGAACGUUUGGACGCUGUGCUGAGGGACGUGGUUUAGUGAGAACUAUUGGUGAUAGGUGGAUUGUUGGACUGGAUGAUCUUGUGGGUCUUUUCCAACCUUGGUGAUUCUGCGGACAGCGAGGGGCUGCUUACAUUGGCGUGGAGCUGGAGCCUGAAGAAAGACUGGAAGAGCUAGGGCUUUAAGCCUAGAGAAAAGAGGGUUUGGGGGUAAUCGUAUAUAAGUACCUAAAGGGAGGUUGUAAAGAAGAUGGAGUCAAGCUUUCUGGGGGCUGGAGCAGAGCUCACUUCCAACCUCAUUCAAAAGAGCCAAAUCAAUUACUAUGAGAAUAUGAGAAAAAUAUGUUAUAAAUUAAAAUUAUAAUAAUGACUGUGUGAAUAAAGUAAGUUAAUGUGGAGAAGU